AAAAGAAAGAGCAGAGACGAGGUUUCGUGACACGUACGAAGAAAUGAGAAAGAGUGCAGUUCUAGAGAACUCCCCCUAGUAUAUAUCUCCAACUUCUGAAGGAGUCAAGGAUUUGCUUCGUCAGAAAACCCCGAUCCCUCAAAAAUCUUCGCAUCUUUCCAUCUGUCCACUACAUCAGACGAUCCAAGAAUUCACCUGAAAAUUGUAGCUAGGGAAAAAAAAAAGUUCAGGUAAAGAUGGUUACGUCGUCGGUGGUGAAUACGUAUCCACUGUCGAGCUACACCUUCGGCACUAAGGAGCCGAAGAUGGAGAAGGACACUUCCGUCGCUGACCGCCUGGCUCGUAUGAAACUCAACUAUAUGAAGGAAGGCAUGAGGACUAGCGUUGAAGGAAUCUUGCUGGUCUUUCCAUCUUUUCUUCAAUACACUUUCACUGUUUGUAAUAUCAUAAUUAAUUUUAACUUGCAAGCCCCAAGCCUGUUUGGUGGUGCAAAGUUAUAUAUCUUGAGUUUGAAAAAAGGAUACAAUCUUUGGUGCUACUUCAUGGUACAGGAGCAUAAUCAUCCUCAUAUUCUGCUUUUGCAAAUUGGGAACACAUUCUGCAAACUACCUGGUGGUCGUUUGAAACCAGGAGAAAACGAAACCGAGGGGUUGAAAAGGAAACUGUGUAGCAAACUUGCAGCUAAUUCCACUGGACUUCAGCCUGAUUGGCAGAUAGGAGAGUGUGUGGCUGUGUGGUGGAGGCCUAAUUUUGAGACCAUAAUGUACCCGUAUUGCCCUCCACACAUAACCAAACCCAAGGAGUGUAAGAAACUUUUCCUUGUUCACUUGUCAGAAAGAGAGUACUUUGCAGUGCCAAAAAAUUUAAAACUUCUUGCUGUUCCAUUGUUUGAGCUUUAUGACAACGUUCAGAGAUAUGGACCUGUCAUAUCCACCAUCCCGCAACAGCUGUCAAGAUUUCAAUUUAACAUGAAUUACUGUAACUUUUUACGUAUUCAUGUGUUGCUUGUGAGGUUAUUAGAGAAGACAAAGGUAAAGCACAAGCAUAAGAGAGGGUUAUGGUCACCUGAUGAAGAUCAGAAGCUCAGAGAUUACAUCAUAAACCAUGGUAUUACCUGCUGGACUUCUGUCCCCAUUCAUGCUGGUUUGCAAAGGAAUGGAAAGAGCUGCAGAUUGAGAUGGAUUAAUUAUCUAAGGCCUGGAUUAAAGCGAGGAACAUUCACAUCACACGAGGAGAAUAUCAUUUUCUCUCUUCAUGCCAUGCUAGGCAAUAAGUGGUCUCAGAUGUCACAGCAUUUGCCUGGAAGGACUGAUAACGAGAUAAAGAACCACUGGCAUUCUCAUAUGAAGAAAAAAGCAGUAAACUUUGAAAACAUGAAAUCUCAUCAACAAACCCCAUCUUCUUCCAGCUAUACAAGAACAGAUUCAAGUCUUGAAUCAUCAGAAGCAGAUGCUUGCAGAAAUCUACCCAAGAUUCUAUUUGCUGAAUGGCUAUCUCUCCAACACUUUCAUAAGUUUGACACUUCAGGAAUGGAAGACAUGAGUAGUUGUACUUUUGGUUCUCAAAAAACAAUCACAAAUGGUGCACUACUGAAUGAAGGAUCUGGCAUUCAACAAGUAGGAUCAACCUAUGGUUUUGUGGAUUCCAUGGAUCAUUUGCAAUUGAAAUAUGAGCAUCAAUAUGAAGAAAGUGAUUUCUUUGAUUUAAUCUCUCAAGUUAAUAUUUCUCAAAACUUCAACAGCAGUGAUGUAACAUUGUAUAGUUGUAACUAAUUGUAGCUAGAUUGUCUGUCUUUUGUUCCCCCAUGCUGUAACUUUGUGUGCUUCCACAUAAAUAAAUUUCAG